GCCGCACGGAUCGCGGCCGUCGCCUUCAUUGACGCGGACGGUGAGCACCUAGAUUUCAAUAUGGGAGAUGACCGAACGACCCGCUUCGUCAACGGCGAGGCGCUGAACCCCGACGUCACGGAGCUCCACAUCGACUACGUGAAGCGCACUUGCACCUUCGACUG